AUGCAAACCCAGAAAAUGAAAACCCAACCCGGUGACGCGUUGCCGGAAGACAUAUGGAAGGUGGUAUUUCAGAAGCUGCCGGUGAAUACACUUCUUCGAUUACGAGGCGUCUGCAAAUCUUGGCGUACAAUAAUCGAUUCCCCUGCUUUCAUUACAGAACACUUUCAACAUUUCAACGAGAAUUCUUACAAGAAUCGCUUAAUACUAAUUGAAAGAAUUGGACACCUGGAAUGGACUGAUCAAGUAAUCAGAGUUGUUAACUUCAGGCUUGAAGAAAUUGCCCAAAUUACUACUAUAGGUAAAGAUUGCAGGGUUUGGGAAACCUUGAAUGGUUUGUUUUUGCUCCAAGAUAAUGAUUAUAAACCUACAUUGAUUCCAAAUUUGAGGUUAUAUAACCCCUAUGUUAAUAAAUCUUUGGAUCUUCCUCCUUGUCCGCUGCCCGUCUUACCCAUUGACAUGUUUGUUUUGGGGUUUAAUUCUUCCACUAAAGAUUACAAGGUGAUUGGAUUUAGAGUAAAGUCUUCCAAAUUAGACGAAUUGUCGUCAGAGAUCAAGGUUUAUUCAUGUAAUGAUCGUUGUUGGAAGACCAAGAAUGUUCAGAUGAAUGAUGCAGUUAUGUAUAGGGAUAUACUAUUGCGUGAUUUGCAUCAGCCUCAUUUCUGUCAAGGGGCUGCGCAUUGGUUGGUGAGAGAUGUAGAUGACCUGUUCGAAAACACCCAUGUUCUUUCCUUUGAUUUUGGAAGAGAGGAAUUUCGAUGUGUUGAAUUGCCUGCUGAGAGCCGGCGAAUGAAGAAGUUUCUGUUUAUUUUUGGCAAAUGUUUAGCAGUGUUUUGUUUUACUGCUGAGAGAACCGACGUAUGGAUAAUGAGAGAGGAUGAUGGGGAGCGCGUGCCCCAAAACCGAUGGCAACUGUCCGAUACCAAAAAUUCGAGUUUGGAUGCAUGUACCUUCAAUGAACUGAAGAAUUUUGGAAUUGGUGCAAGGGUUACUUAUGAUGAACAGUGUGGUAAAUUGUUCGCUCUGCGUUUGGAUUUUCGUGAAUCGAAUCUGAUGUCUUAUAGCAUUAAAAGCCAGCAGAUGGAGAAUUGUGGAAGGAUUGUUGAUAAUCGAAUACGUUAUGCAGAUACUUAUGUCGAGAGCUUAGUGAAUCCUCUAAAAAAAUCCAAAGGCGAUUAA